CACACUUUGAGUAGUAUACGCCAUAAACGGCCUCUCUCAGAAUCCUUGAAGAGAGAGAGAGAGAGAGACGAGAGAGAGAAGGGGGUGAGACCUUUUGAGAGCGAAGAGGAAGACCUAUAUUGAGGAAAAAGACUAUAGAUAGACAAGGAUUCAUACAGAAAGAGAGAGAGAGAGAGAGAGAUAAAGGGAGAGAAGUAUAUAGUCAAAAGGAGUUGGGAGGAGAUGAGAACUGAUUAUCGAGAUCUUGUCCCCCCUACAAUGGUGACUCUUUGUAGCGGACGACAAGGUAAUUGAUUUCUUGGAAUUCAUUCAAUUGAUCCAUCCAUCUCUCUGUCUUUUAUCUCCCCUUCUCCUCCUCUUCAAUUAACCUUCGAACCCAUAUCGCUGUUGAGGAGAAGAAGAAGGAACUAUUCUCUCGCUGUCCACUCUUUUCAACUAUUCAUACUUUUAGGGUUUCUGUUUAGUCUCACUGAGGAAUGCUCUGCUUCUAGGGUUUCGCUUGAUCAAUUACUGUUUAGGGUUUCCUACAAGGGUAAUCGGAAUCUGGGUUUCAGUAGACUGUUGCGCUUGGAUCUUCUUCAGAGAUAAGAUCGAGGGUUAAGUGAAUGUUCUGAUUUUGUAUAUGCUGGUGGCCAUGAUUAUGUCCAAAGUCAAUUGUUUUGGGCAUGAAAGAGGAUUGCAGAUAUAGAAUUCUCUAGUGAGCAGCUACAAAUUAUGGUAUUGGACUUUGAACUGAAAGUAAAGGUGAUGAUUCUAUGGUGUUGGCAGUAACACACAAGAAAGGAUAUCAAAUUCCAGUGGACCAUAAUUUUUUUUCUCAAAAAAAACCCUACUUGAAUUAGCUUUAUUUAAGCUAAAUUGGCGAUUACUUUUGUGUAUUUUCCAGUGAUUCUGAAUGUGGGUUUUCUAUAAUUAGUGUUUGGGGUGCUGUUACAGUGAUUUGGACUAGUUGAUCAGAGUAAAAUCGUUUCCUUGAAGCAUUGGAGUUAAAAGUGAGUGAAUUUUGUUGGAGUGGGGAAACUCAUGGAGUAUUGAUCAAACUGGAAAUGAUUUUGGGGACAUGGUGCAUGGACAAGAGCAUAGUCACUGGUUCGUUCCUUUACUGGAACAACACUGUUGGAAAGUGAAUACCAAGUUAUUUUUGUUUCUGGAAGUUAUCUUUCCAUUUUGCUUAUCACAGGCUAGUGUGCAAUGUCUCGCUGCUUUCCAUUUCCACCGCCUGGAUAUGAAAAGAAGCCCAGAAUAGAUGAACUCAACUUGCUGAAAAAGGAGAAGCGCAAGGAGAAAAAGCAUAAGAAGGAAAAGAAGGACAAGGAGAAGAGAGAAGGCAAAGAGAAAAGAGAGAAAGAUAGAAGUGUUGGGAAACAUGAGGAGAAGAAAGAUAGAAAGGAGAAGCACAAGGAAAAAAAGAAGGACCGAGAUAAAGAAAAAGAGAAAAGCAGUACCUCAGGAGAGAAGAAGACUGAUGUUCAAGCCGAGGGAUACAAGGAAGAAAAGCUCAAUCAUAAAGAUCAGAAUGAUAGAGACAAAAGCAAAACCUUGGUUGUAAAGAAACAGAUUACGCAGCUUCACUAUCAAGGGGAAGAAAAAACUUUCCCAAACAGCCUUCCGGUUGAGAAAAACGACAAUGCCAAAUAUGUUCAAGAGUUGGCCCGAAGGAUUAAAGAUGAUAAAGGUUCUGGAAGUCAAUUGGUUGGCAAAAUUUCUAGCACAGAACAGAAAUUUACUGUACAGAUGGAAAGACCCAUGGCUGAAAGGAAGGAAAAUGACUUGGAUAAAAGAUUCAAUAACAGAAAGAUGGAUGAACAUGUGUUUAAGCAAAGCACAAGACCAAUUGGCCAUCCGAUUUUACAGAACAGUAUUGGAACUGCCUCAAACAGACUGGAAGGAGGAAUGGUUAAGCCACUUAUUGGAACAGGUUUGGAGGAGAAAUCAAAACCAAAAGGUUGGGAAGAGGAUCAGGAGAUGAAAAGCACAUCAAAGGAUAGAGAUAAGAAAAAUGAAGAGAAAAGUGAAAAUAAGAAUAAGGGGCAAGAUAAAUUUGUAGGUUCCUUAAACAAGAAUGACAUUCCCGGCACUCAAAAGAUGCUUUCUCAUCUGAUGACCAAAGAUGGAGAUAGAGGCACACUCACCGAUGUAAACAUCAAGAAGAGGAAGGAACUUGAGGUAAAUGAUCUUCUUCCUGGUGCUCAGAACAUCACACUUCAUCACAUUAAAGAUGGUUUCAGAGGUGCUGUUACUGAGGGAAAUCUCAAGAAAAGAACGCAAGUUGAAGCCAAUGGGUUUCUUCAUGAUUUGGAGUCCAGGCCUAAUAAAAUGUCACGGGCAGACGAUGGGAGGAAAUUGGAGCCUUUCUUAACAUCUUCCAAUCCUCUAAUCUCUUCCAAUAAACAUGGGCUGGCGGUUGUCAAUCAUAAGGUUGAUGUUGUUAAGGAAGGUCAAAAGGUAAAUGGUGUAAUUGAACUUCAGCCAGUCCCUAUGCCAACCACAAAACCUUCAACAGUGAUAUCACAAACUAACCUGAUAACUCGAGCUCGAAUUAAAUCUCCCCAUCCAGAUUCAAAGUAUUUGAGCCAGAUACUUACGGUUCCACAAAUUGAGGAGUCAUUAGAUUUUGACAAUCAAGAAUGGCUGUUUAAAAGCAAUACCAAUCUCUCCAAGAAGCCCAAUGAAGCUUCUAAUCAGGCAGCUGAGGCAAGCAGAGUUUGGGCCGAAGCUCUGCAGAUUGAGUCAGCAGACAUUUGUGCUCUUCCAUAUGUUAUUCCUUAUUGAUGGAAUUUAGGGCUUUAAUUGGAGUUCUUCCAAGGUUAAGCGCGGUUAUUGGCUGGAUUCCAUACACUCCUUACAGAUGGUCUCCAGCUCUGCAGAAGUUCGCGGUAAAGAAGCAUCCAAUAUUCCGGAUUUCCAAGUCCAGGUUCUUCUAUAGCCAAAUUCUUUAAUGGUUGCAUGAUGCCGACUCUGCCCUUAAGUUUAGCAUGUAUGAGUGAUUUAUAUCAUUUAAAAUUACUAGUUUAAAAUGAAAUGAACUCUUGCCAUUGCCAUAUACAGUAGAUAGUUCUACAGUUGGUUGAUGCGGCUUUUAAAGGGUGCUAAAUGGGAAAAACAAAUAAAUAUAGAAAGGAGAGGCGGUUUAUUGGUUGAAACAAGGGAUUCUUUGACAUUUGACUGGAUAGUGAUAAAGAGGGUGGGUUUUAUUUUUGAAACUGGGUUUUAUGGCUGUGAAAAUUUGAAUCAAUUAUACAGAUUGAGCUAAAUCUGAUGUAAAAGAAAGAAGAAAGUGUUGUUGGUUGAUUUUUGC